GGUCGACGUAGUUAGGUUUAGGCAUUGGUACCGGGGAUUGGUUAGGGUAAGGGUAAGAAAACCAGGGUAAGCCAAUCAGAGGCAGAAUAAGUCAGAAUAAUGCUGGCCACGAGGUACGUCCUGUGACGUCGACACGUCUAGUAUAUCCGAUCUAGCAUCUACCCUAAAUCACAGGACAGCUCAAAGAUGGUUGCCAUUAGCAACCGAGCAACUAAAACUUGGAGAAAUGAUGAACCGAGCCGUGAGGGGGGGAGUUAAGUAACGUUAAAGGCCUUUUUUUCAUUUGUACUCAUAAUGGCAACUCCACAGAGAAAUGCAGAAAACGUUAUGAAGGUGGAGGGCAACACGACGCAGCAUAUGGACAUUGUUCGGAAGUCACUGGAGGAACUUCGAAGCAUUUCUGCGAAUGAUGCAACAGAGACAGGGAUGCUGCGGUCCAGGAUAGAUGAACAGUCAAGUCUGAUCUGCAUGUUGAAAGAGAGAGCAGAUGAGGUGCUUCUUCGAUGUCAAGCCCUGCAACACAUCAAUACGGAGCUAGAGAGCCGAGUAACAGACUGCCAGACAGAACUGGACAGUGAAAGAAACAGAGCAGAGCUAUUAGAGAAGAGAUUUAUGAAUUUAGCUGCCAACAAUCAAGCAAUUAUUGCUUUCAUGGAAGAGUACAAAAGUCAGAAUGCCCAGUUAAAGCUGGAAAACAAACAGUUGCAGUCAGAAAAUAACACGCUUUUCUCCCAAAAAUUACAAGAUAAAGAAGUGUUUGUUCAAAAACAGAUGCAAGAAAUCAAACAGCUGACAGAGAAAUACACAAAUAAGGAAAUUGAAUAUCAGGAGAAUUUAGCUGGAUGCCAGUCAAAACUCCUGGAACAAACAGCUCAACAUCAAUCCAGGGCCACAUCGCUACUUGAUCAAUUGCAUGAUGCUCAGCAACAACAAAGAGAUGCUGUAGAGAUGUGCAACGCAUUAAAGUUGAAUCUACAAAAUGCUGAAGAAGAGCAUGCUUACAAGGAAACCAACUUGAGAGAAAGCAUAACAAGCCUCACCAAAGAGAAGGACAAAUUACUGUGUCUGUCUAUGGAAAGAGGGCAAGUAAUACAGGAGAAACAAGAGGAAAUCCAGCAACUGGAGACAAAAUGGAAAGAGGAGAAAAAAGCCCGCGCCAAAGCAGAGGACAGGUUUGAACAGGAAGCAAAAACUGUUAAUGCAGAUGUUAAAGUGAAGUCUCUCCAGUCUGCUCUUGAUGAAUCUACGAAAAAAUAUGAGAAGCUGAAAAAGGAUUUUGAAGCCUUCAAAGAACACAGCACCAACCUCCUUUUACAAGAAAGGGAGUUAAAUAAGAAGCUUCGCCACAUGAUGGGCUAAACUUUAGCAAUAAUAUAUCUACCACUUUGAUGCCAGUGACCAGGAUCUUCUGCUCCAUACUCAUGUUUGUGAACUCAGGGGCUUCAGCGUGAAUAGGAGCAGUUCUGCAAGAUAAGUUAUUUUUUAAAUAUGCUGUUUAAAGGACAAGGCUGGCCAUAUUCUUAUUUUUUAAUUGUGAAUGAAUCCUAUGAAGACAUGAACCAGCAAAAUAAAUAGUCCCCAACAUAGUAUGGGGUAGUAGUUAUAGUUCCUUUUAGAAGGAACAAAUAGGCUUUCAGCUGCCACGGACAGAGUCAGGAAUUCAAGAAGUACUGAGAGACAAACUUAUGAUUUGGGAUUUGUUGACAAUAAGAAAAUAUAGAAUAACUAGCAUCAUCAAACUUACUGUUUGGUGCUAAUUGGACUCUUCUCAUCAAUGGGUUCUCCAAUGACAUUCAUGAUCCUGCCCAAGGUCUCAGGGCCCACAGGGAUCCUGAUGGGGACUCCGGUAUCCAAAACCUUAUGACCUCGGACCAGACCCUCUGUGCCAUCCAUGUUGAUCGUUCUGACUGUGUUUUCACCUGAAGAAGCGCAUGAGGAGAGAGUUUUUUUUUUUUAUUUAUUUCAUAACAGACAUCCAAAAACGGACCCCACUAUCAAUUCAUCACACUCACCCACAUGCUGUGCCACCUCCAGCACCAGCCUGCUCUCACGGCCAGCCACCUCCAGUGCAUUAAGAAUAGGAGGCAGGCCUUCAUCAAACUGGACAUCCACCUCAGCACUAAUCGCAGCCACUAUCUGGCCGUUGGGCAAUGCUGCCUGAGCAGCUGGGGCAGCGGAGCCCCUGCCUGAAGGGACAAUGACAGGAAGAGGACAGUGACAUUAAUGGCAACAUAUUAAAAGUGACUUUACGAUUACAAUAACAGCAGCAACUUGAAUUGAGAAAUCAAAACAUCUUACAGAGACUAAACAAGGAUUAACGUAUAGCAUGUGUGAUAUAUUAAACCUACAUGAUAAAUAAACAAUGCAAAAUAUGUUUCCACAUAUUGGUGCUUCAGAAUUGCAAGGUCCAUGUUUUGUUGCCACUGAAACUUACAGGCUGAAAAGGUAGUGACUUUUACUGAGUUACUUGGAAAGGUCAUUGAUUGGGGACAUCAAGACAUGACUGGAGCUACAACGUCCGAUUGAAGUAAUAAUAUGACCAAAUAACUGUGUUUUAUAGCUGCUUUAAUAAAAAAAUCCCUACUGAUCGCAAAUGAAUGGAGACACUUUAUGGUCAAUUUGAAGAGUGACCCACCGAGCAUGAGCCGAAGGAUGUAUGCUGACAGUCGGUCCAUCCUUAAAAAGUGUCUUCACUCACUCAAAGAAAGAGCCACUGAUUGUCUUUAGGGAGUGGAUCCCUCUGCAGCAUCGUCCCACAGCAGUGACAGCACCCAACAUAGUAGAUGGCUGAAUGUGAAUGUACACACCAUGGACAGUACACACGGACACAGCUAUGAGCGAUCUUGAACUGCUGCUCAACCCAACGGGCUGUCUGAACAUGCGCGGUCCAUCGUGUUCUUAUACCCUCAUUUACCAAUAGAGGGCAGCACAAACCCGCCUAGUAGGAUUUUACUGAUUUCUGGUUCUGCUGCUGCCCUCAUGCUGCAUGGUGACACUGUAGAAGUGUUCAUUUAUUUCCUAAAAUACUUACAUUAUCAAUAGGUAAAACCACCACUCAAAAUACCACUGUAAUGAAAAUAAAAUACUGUGAAUUUCACAGUAUAUUCUACCCAUCUGUUACAGAGUGCCAGAGUGUUCAGUUCUUGUUUUUUAACCCAUAACAAUACUUU